AACUUAGUAAAAUCUACCUGCCCCUGCCUCUUGAAGAGUCAGAUUAAAGAUAUGUGUACAACAACUGGCUAAAAUGUGCUACUGAGCUCUGGGGUGUUUGUUUGCUUGCUUGCUUGCUUUAGUUUUUCUUUUUCUUUCUUUUUUUUUACACUGUAGCUGUCUUCAGACAUUCCAGGAAACGGCAUCAGAUUUCAUUACGGAUCCCACCAUGUGGUUGCUGGGAUUUGAACUCAGGACCUUUGGAAGAGCAGUCGGUGCUCUUAACCGCUGAGCCAUCUCACCAGCCCACUUUAGUUUUUCAAGACAGGGUUUCUCUGUGUAGUCCUGGCUGUCCUGGAACUCUGUAGACCAGGCUGGUCUCCAACUCCGAGAAUUACCUGCCCUGCCUCUUAAAUGCUAAGACUAACAGCAUGUGCCACCACUGCUGGGCUCUUAGCAUUCAUUUUUGUGUGAAAAUAAAAAUGGGUAAAAAGCUGGACAAAUGCCUUUGAUUCUAGGGACUGGGGAUGCUGAGAAAGGAUCUUUUGGGCCUAGGAAUUGUUUGAAGUCCAGUCUGGACAACAAAGGAAAGAUUCUGUCUCAAAGAUAAAUAAAAAUAAAAAUCAAAUCAAAACAGGACGAGCAUUCUUCCAAUGCGACACUGGCUUGCCACCUCAGCAUACAGUUUUCUGUCUGCCUACAACCCACUAGAAGCCACCUUAAGUGACCGUUCAAUUGUCAACUGUGAAUUUGCAACAGCCCGUCUGGCUCUGGAUUGCCCAGAAUCCAAAGUGAAAACAAUCGCCCACUGUCUACCUAGAAUUCAAAGUGGAAACAACCACCCCACUGUCUGCUCCAGUGCUCCCAAUGAAUUCCGCCCCCCUCGCCCUUCCCCCCAUAUGGAUGCUCCGGGUCUUGUCAAAGUAUGAGAUCUUAAUGUUUCGCGUUAUUUAAUGAGUUAAAACUCAAGAUUGACAUCAAGAAAACUACUUGCUGUGUUCAAGAAACAGGCUGGAUUUAUGUCCCACUCUGGUGUACUCGCAGCCAGGCAGGUUUGAAACGCUGCCAACAAAAUAUUUCCUAGGAAAUAAUUUUUCAGUGGCUACCCUUCCUCCUCCUCUUCCUUCCCUCCUCCCUCCACUUCAUUCCUCCCUGUCUCCUUCCCUUCUUUCUUUCCUUCCAUUUACCCCCAUGUCUUUUCUUCAUUCAGUUAAAUAUAGUUUACAGAAACAGUACGUUCUUAUUUUUUAACUUUAGGGCUGUUGAAACCAUCAGCAGCAAACGAGGCGCAGCACAUGUUGGGUUUGGCUUGCUCUCUGACUUUCUUUUCUUGCUCUCUUUUUUCCAACAAGCCGUUUGGACUCCUGCCCACACUCUUCCCUUCCCCACCCCGCCCCUCAGUCCAGGCCCCGCCCCCAAGGAGACCCCGCCCCCUCUCCAAAUCCCGCCCCUGGCCGCUUUUCCACCUUGUCGCAAAAGACUCAGCGACGCCUUACGGCCGGUGGCGUUUGACGUCUAGGAGGCAACCAAGAAGAAGGAGGAAGCGGUGAAGGUGUCUGCUGGGGUGGCUGCGGCGGGCGUUGAGGAGGGCGCGGCGACGCGGCCCGGGGAGUGAGCGGCGGCGGCCGGGCGGGCAGGUUGGGCGGCGGGCCCGAUGUGGCUGCAGCAGCGCCUGAAGGGGCUGCCGGGGCUGCUGUCGAGCAGCUGGGCCCGCCGCCUCCUCUGCCUGCUCGGCCUCUUGGUGCUGCUCCUGUGGUUCGCGAGCUCCGGGGCGCGGCGGGCGGCGGGCGGCCUGCACCUGCCGUCCUGGGCCCGCAGCGAGCCGGGCGCCGCCGAGCCGUCUGCCUGUCUGGAGGCGGCCACCCGCGCGUGGCGCGGCCUGCGUGAUCGCGGCGAGGCGGUGCCGCUUGGCCCCGGGGUGCCAGCCCUGGUGGCCAACGGCUUCCUGGCUCUGGACGCCUCCAACAACCGGCUGUGGGUGACGCCCGGAGAGCGGGAGCCUGCCGUGACGCCGGACUUCGUGCCCUUCGUGCAGCUACGCCCGCUGAAUGUGGUGGCCGAGGCUGGAGAGGCGGUGCUGCUUCUGCGGGAGGGCCUGCUGCGCCGAGUGCGCUGCCUGCAGCUGGGGACCCCGGGCUCGGGCCCUGCCGCUGGUGUCCCCGGGCCCGCCUCGGCCUCCGGGCUCUCCGCGGGGUCGGGCCGGGACUGCGUGCUACUGCAGGAGGACUUCCUGGCGCACCGAGGCCGACCCCACGUCUAUCUGCAGCGCAUCCAGCUCAACAAUCCCACGGAGCGCGUGGCCGCGUUGCAGACUGUGGGGCCCACCGCAGGCCCAGUCCCCAAAUCCUUCACCAGCACCCUGGAGAAGGUCGGAGAUCACCAGUUUCUCCUCUACUCGGGCCGGUCCACACCCCUUCCAUCGGGGCUGGUGCACUUGGUCGUGGUGACCUCUAAGAAGUUAGUGAACAGGCUCCAGGUGGCUCCCAAGACACAGCUGGACGAGACGGUGCUGUGGGUGGUGCACAUCUCUGGUCCCAUCCACCCCCAGGUGCUCAAAAGCAAAGGAGCCAAGGAGCUCAAGGCGCUGCAGGACUUAGCACGGAAGGAGAUGCUGGAGCUGUUGGAGAUGCCCGCCUCGGAGCUGCUUCAGGAUCACCAGUACCUCUGGGCCCAGCUCUUCAGUCCCGGUGUGGAGAUGAAGAGGAUCACGGAUGCUCACACGCCAUCUGGCCUGACCGUGAACCUGACCCUGUACUACAUGCUCUCCUGCUCUCCAGCCCCACUGCUCAGCCCCUCUCUGAGCCACAGGGAACGCGAGCAGAUGGAGGCAACGCUCAACUAUGAAGACCACUGCUUCAGUGGCCAUGCCACCAUGCAUGCCGAGAACCUGUGGCCUGGCCAGCUCUCCUCAGUGCAGCAGAUCCUGCAGCUGGCUGACCUGUGGAAGUUGACCCUCCAGAAGCGCGGCUGCAAGGGGCUGGUGAAGGUUGGCGCUCCGGGCAUCCUGCAAGGCAUGGUGCUCAGCUUCGGCGGGCUACAGUUCACAGAAAACCACCUGCAGUUCCAGGCCGACCCCGAGGUGCUCCACAACAGCUAUGCGCUUCACGGCAUCCGCUACAAGAACGACCACAUCAACCUGGCUGUGCUGGUGGACGCUGAGGGCAAGCCCUACCUGCAUGUGUCUUUGGAGUCCCGAGGCCAACCCGUCAAGAUCUACGCCUGUGAGGCAGGCUGCCUCCAUGACCCCGUAGAGCUGACCUCAGAGCCUGGAGGCCACACCUUCUCUGUCAUGGUGACCCAGCCCAUCACACCACUGUUGUACAUCUCCACCGACCUCACACAUCUGCAGGACCUGCGGCACACGCUGCACCUUAAGGCCAUCCUGGCCCACGAUGAGCACAUGGCCCAGCAGGAUCCCGGCCUGCCCUUCCUCUUCUGGUUCAGUGUGGCCUCCCUCAUCACCCUCUUCCACCUCUUCCUCUUUAAACUCAUCUAUAAUGAGUACUGUGGGCCUGGAGCCAAGCCCCUCUUCAGGAGCAAGGCCAGGCUUUCAGGGAAAGCAGUCCUUGGCCCUCAGGAGCAGGCAGCAGACGGAGGCAGGUCUGAGUUCCUCACGAUGGAGGAACCAGUGGAGACUUGGGUCGGAAAGCAGUGUGGAGAAGGUCUUCCAAGUAGCCAGCUUUUGGCCAGCUAUCUAGAAAAGGAAGAUCCCAGUGUCUGAGUGAACCUCGAGUCCUGCUCUCGGCCACCGUUUGCACAAGACACCCAGCACUGAGCAUCCUGCUGCCGCAUGAACAGGGAGCCUUUGGAAGGACCAACCCUUUGUGCCUUGUGGGGGACAGUGGCUCAGGAGCGCUGUGGGUACAGGAGUCUGCACUGGAGGGAAGGAGGGCCGAGGACUUGUGUAAGUUUUCCAGUCAGUAAACAAACCCAUAGGGAGCAUACUUGAAGCUGAGCGCACCCCUCCACUUCCCCCAUUUCUUCUUCUAUCCCAGGAAAUAGAUCCUUUUUGAAGACGUGUUUAGGAAAAAUUGUGUUCUUUUCCUAAUUUAAUGUGUUCUUUCUUGAAUGGAUUUCUAAUUUAUUUUUGUUGAAGUUUUGCUGGGUGGCUUUUCUUCCACCUUAGAUCAGGACUGUUGGUGACAACAACCGAUCCCUGCCACCUCAUUGGCACCCAGAGGCCCCACAAAGUCUGAAGGCUGGGCCUGAGUCCCAGAUGGCCACCCUGCCUGGGGAAGGCGUGCUCCCUGCCCUCCCUGGUUUGCACAUUGCCUCUUUCUUACUUUGAGCCAGGGGUCUGUGCUUUUGUACUUUGGGUCCCUGGGAGAGGUGUUUAACUUUCUAGUGAUGAUGGUUGUUGGGUUUUGAAAUACCAAAGCUUUUUUGUUCUUUUUUAAAUAAACAUCUUUCAAACUUCCA